AUGAGGCGGGGGCUCGGCAUCCUGGGCUGCUGCCUGGCGCUGGCGCUGGCGCUGCCGCCGCUGCCCACGGCCCCGCGGGGCCCCGCGCUCCGCCCGCGCCGCCAGCCGCGCCCCGGCGGCCACUCCGCAGCUGCAAAUCCAACCUUGAUGCGUUUUCCUUCCCUCUGGGCAGACACUGCCUGCAAGAACCGGCCUCUAGACCUCGUCUUCAUUGUAGACAGCUCCCGCAGUGUCCGACCCAAAGAGUUUGAGAAAGUGAAGAUCUUCCUGUCAGAAAUGAUCGAUACCCUGGAUGUUGGCGAAAGAACGACGCGCGUGGCCGUCAUGAACUAUGCCAGCACCGUCAAGGUGGAGUUUCCCCUCCGGACCUACUUUGACAAAGCCUCUCUGAAGGAGGCUGUGUCCCGCAUUGAGCCCUUGUCUGCUGGCACGAUGACCGGCCUGGCCAUCCAAACUGCCAUGGAAGAAGUCUUCACCGAGGAGAUGGGCGCCAGGCCGGCGACCUUCAACAUCCCCAAGGUGGUCAUUGUUGUGACGGAUGGACGGCCGCAGGACCAGGUUCAGGGUGUGGCGGCGAGCGCGCGGACAGCCGGCAUCGAGAUCUACGCGGUCGGAGUGGACCGGGCAGACGUGCAGUCCCUGAGGAUGAUGGCCAGCGAGCCCCUGGAUGAACACGUCUUCUAUGUGGAGACCUACGGGGUGAUUGAAAAGCUGACAUCCAGAUUCAGGGAGACUUUCUGUGCUGUGAACGUGUGUGCCCUGGGGAGACACGGCUGCCAGCAGCUCUGUGUGAGUAACGGGGCAUCCCACCUCUGUGACUGCUAUGAAGGAUACACACUGAAUCCAGAUAAGAGAACCUGCUCAGCUGUGGAUGUGUGUGCACCUGGGAGGCACGAGUGUGACCAGAUCUGUGUGAGUAACAACAGAUCCUAUGUCUGUGACUGCUACGAAGGCUACACCUUGAAUCCAGACAAGAAGACUUGCUCAGCCAUGGACAUGUGUGCACCUGGGAGGCAUGACUGUGCCCAAGUCUGUCUGAGUAAUGAUGGAUCCUACAGCUGUGGCUGCUAUGAAGGAUACACUCUGAAUCCAGACAAGAAGACUUGCUCAGGAGCCAUAACAAGCAGUCUUGUAACAACUGAAGAGUCCUGUAAGUGUGAAGCCAUAGCUGCUCUCCAGGACUCAGUGACCUCACGCCUCGAAGCUCUGUCCACAAAGUAUAUCCUUUUUCUGACAUGA